AUGGUACCUUCUUCUCCUGGACGGAUUAUCUCAUUUCUACCACCCGAGUGGUCGGUCUUCAUUUCCGCUCUCGUCCGAGAUUCAAUCCGACGCCCGUCAGCCCUGGACAAGCUGGGCGCCGUACUGUUCCUACAUGGAGAAGCAGUGAUCGUCGGAAACGCUCGAAAAACGUCUACUACUAGCACAAGAGAGGCGAGAUGCUCUACGCGCCGUCUACGCUUGAUCAACGACAUUAUCGCGAACCGACAAACAACUCUUCAAUCAUUCCAUGAUUCAGCAGAGAACCUACUCUGA